CCCGCGCGAUGGGCUCCGAGGCGGCGCAGUUGCUGGAAGCUGCCGACUUCGCGGCUCGCAAGCACCGACGGCAGCGGCGGAUGGACCCCGAAGGGACCCCCUACAUUAACCACCCUAUCGGUGUGGCUCGGAUCCUGACCCACGAGGCGGGAGUCACUGACAUUGUGGUGUUACAGGCAGCCCUGCUCCACGACACGGUUGAGGACACUGACACCACCCUGGAUGAGCUGGAGCUGCACUUUGGGGCCCAGGUGCGGCGUCUGGUGGAGGAGGUGACGGAUGACAAGACUCUGCCCAAGCUGGAGAGAAAGAGGCUGCAGGUGGAGCACGCCCCCCACAGCAGCCCGGGGGCUAAACUGGUGAAGCUGGCGGACAAGCUGUACAAUCUGAGGGACCUGAAUCGCUGCACCCCAGAGGGAUGGUCGGAGCAUCGAGUCCAGGAGUACUUCGAGUGGGCAGCCCAGGUGGUGAAGGGGCUUCAGGGGACAAACCGGCAGCUGGAAGAUGCUCUGAAGCAGCUGUUUAAGGAGCGGGGGCUGACGCUGUGAGCGGUGCCUGGAGCCAUCAGGUGGCACAGACUCCAGCCUCGCCCGGGCCAGAAGGGUCACGCAUACUCCCGCCUUUUGGAGCCUCUCGAGCUCCCUCUAUGGUUCCCUGAGCCCAGCGGCCGAAAAACAUUCGCCCUUUCUCACUCUGAAGGUCUCCUGCCAACCAAACUGAGCCUGGAUCGUGGGGGGUCGGACGCACCCCGUCCACGUCGAAUGCAUUCACUGCCCUUCAGGCCUUGGGUCUGUUUGCCAUGUUGCAAAGGUGGGGGGGGGGUGUCUCUGGUCCCUUAAGGUCCCUUGGGCUUAUAGGGACACGAGUUCCUAGUCAUUAUGGAAAAUAAAGCAUUUUGGGGUCAA